AUGAUUAUUGGGGACACAGUACACAGGAAGAUGGUGUUCCAUCAGAGAGUAAAGGAGUUUCCGAUACCGUUUAAGAAACGCAUAAGAUCUCUCUCAUACAGUGAUCCGGAGAAACGAAUUAUAAAGGGUGUAGCAGCUAUCGACAACGAUUUCUCCCACGCCAGCGCCAACAUCACUGAAGGAGGAGUUGGAUACUCGUAUGUGACUGUCAGGAUGAAGAGCCAGAGACAUCAUCCGCUUAACUUUGAAGUUGAGAUUUACGUCUAG